AUGAAUAAAACUCUUAUUUUUGCUUUAAUUGGACUUAUUUCUUUUGUAGCUUGCGCUAACUACUCUGUUUUAGUUGCUGGUUCUAAGGGUUACGAAAACUACAGACAUUAAGCAGAUGUGUGUCAUGCAUACCAUACUCUUGUUAAGAAGGGUUUUGCACCUGAAAACAUUAUUGUUUUCCUUUACAACGAUGUUGCUUUUGAUAAAUCAAACCCUUUCAAAGGAAAACUUUUUAACAAGCCUCUUGGUGAUGACGUCUAUGAAGGAUGUAAAAUCGAUUACUAAGGUGAAGAUGUUACCCCUAAAAAUUAUAUGAGCGUUCUCACAGGUAAAAAGUCCGACGUUGCUAAUAUAGGAACUGGAAGAGUUCUUGAAUCAACUGAAAACGAUAAUGUUUUCCUUUAUUUCUCAGAUCACGGAGCUCCAGGUAUUAUUGGUUUCCCUAGUACUUACAUGUAUGCUAAUGAAUUAAUUUCCACUUUCUAAAUUAUGAAAAAUCAAAAAAUGUAUAACAAAAUUGUUUAUUACUUGGAAACAUGUGAAUCAGGAUCUAUGUUUGUAAACCUUCCUACUGAUCUUAAUAUUUAUGCUGUCUCUGCUGCCAGUCCUUCCUAAUCAUCAUAUGCUGCUUAUUGUGGUAUUAAGGCUUUUGUCAAGGGUAAAUUAAUUGGAUCUUGUUUGGGAGAUCUUUUCAGUGUUAAUUGGAUGGAAUAAGUUGAUUCAGAAAAAGAUAUUGAUAAUCUCACUUUAUAACAACAAUUUGAUACUGUUUCUAAAAAAACAAAAUUAUCUUAAGUUAUGUAAUGGGGUGAUCUCUCUUUCACUAGUGAGCCUGUCUCUGACUUUUUAACUAGCAGUUAAAAAUCUUUGAAGACCUCUUUAAUGAGUUUCUUUAAUUUCAGCUCUCCCUCUAUGAGAAAGAUAAAAGAUGAAAGUAUUCUUGAACACGAAGAAGAAGACGGUAUCCAUAAUCAUGAUAGCUUAGUUAAUAACAGAAAAGCUAAAAUUAGCACUUUACUCCAUUUAUACAUCACCUCACCUUCUACAUAAAACUUUGAAAAGUUGAACUUGGAACUACACGGUGACCAAAAAUUCUAAAACUACUUUGAUUAAAUUUAAACUAGAUUUGGCUUAUAAAAUGUUGUAUUAGAGUCAGCUGGCUCCUAAUCUGAAACCAACUUUACUUGCUACAAAAAAUUAGUUGAAACUUUUGAAGCUAAGUGUGGCAAAACUCCAGAAUCAUAACUCAGUAGUUUAACUUAUUUCUACUAAUUCUGCUAAAGAAUGUAUAAGAAAGAACCUAACUAUGAUGAAAUGCUUGAAAAUAUUUGUUGA